AUGGGUAGACUGGGCAUCCAAAUACUCGGCUUGAGCGAGGUUAGAUGGCCAGGCUCAGGAAUAACCAGAGCAAUGAAUAAAAUACUUUACUACUCCGGUAACAAUGACUCCAAACACCACAAUGGAGUACGAGUAAUUUUGGGAAAAGGAUACAGUCAGGCGGUUACUAACUUUCUACCAGUCUCUGACAGAAAUCUGCUAAUUCAGCUUUCGGGAAAACCAAUGAACAUAAAUAUAAUACAGACGUAUGCUCCCACAGCCGAUAAGUCCACAGAUGAGCUUGAGGCGUGGUACACAAAAUUGGAGGAGUUAAUAAAAGUUACUAAGAAACAAGAUCUUACAGUCAUCAUGGGAGAUUUUAAUGCGAAGAUAGGCCAAGGGCGAGUGUCGGAUUUGGUUGGCGAGUUUGGGUUGGGCGACAGAAAUGACAGGGGCGAAAGGCUCAUUGAAUUUUGCCAACAACACAACAUGGCUGUAACAAAUACCUGGUUCAAACAUCACCCUCGUAGACUUUACACAUGGACGUCACCACAACAUACAAAUACCAGGACAGUCCGAAACCAGAUCGAUUUUAUUAUUAUAAACAAAAGAUUCCACAACUCAGUUACUAACGUCAAAACCUAUUCGGGAGCCGACAUUGGCUCAGAUCACAGCCCUGUUAUAGCUAGAGUGAGACCAAAAUGGAAAAUCAUUAAAAGGCCAAAACCUCCAGGAAAGCCAGAUGUGGGACUUCUGAUGGACGUCACAAUAAAACAAAAAGUAAGUCAAGAACUAAACGAGCACCUCGCAAACGCCUCUCGGGACCUUGCCCUUACCACUGAUGUGGAUAGCACGUGGAAAGCUAUAAAAGACAUCUUAAAUGGGUCGGUUGAAGCAAAUCUGAAACCAACUCCUAAAAGAAAUAGGAGAGAGUGGAUGACAGGGGAAAUCUUAAAUCUGAUGGACUCACGGAGGGAAUGUAAAGCCGCUAAUGACAUAAAUAAGUACAGACAUCUUAACAGAAUAAUCCGCACCAAAAUAAAAAGUGCUAAGGAACAUUGGAUAGAAGACAGAUGCUCGGAAAUAGAGGAAUUGCAAGGACGCUAUGACCAUUUCAACCUACAUAAGAAAACUCCACAGAGGGAAAAAUACUUCAAGAAUCUGUUCGUAAUCGCCAGAGCAGAGCCCUACCAGACGGACAUGAACGCGGAAGAACCAAGUAUUCUGAAAACCGAAGUAGAGUACGCGAUAAAACAACUCAAGGCAAACAAGAGCCCAGGGCCAGACGAAAUAUUACCCGAAAUCUUAAAGCUAAUAAGCGAAGAAAACAUCGACCUGCUUGUCGCUCUCUAUAACCGCAUUUAUGAAACUGGCAAAAUACCUCAAGAAUGGUUAGAAUCAAUUUUCAUACCAUUGGCAAAGAAAACAAACCCCAAAGACUGCGGAGACUUUCGCCUAAUUAGUUUAAUGAGUCAUGCGUUAAAAGUCCUACUGAAAAUAAUUCAUAACCGCAUCUCUAGUAAAUGCGAAGCGAACAUUGCAGAUGACCAAUUCGGCUUCAGGAGCGAAAUGGGCACGAGAGAGGCUUUGUUUAGCCUACUGGUGCUAGCGCAAAAAUGCUAUGAUCAACAACGAGACAUCUUCAUCUGCUUCAUAGACUUCGAAAAAGCAUUCGAUAGAGUUUGA